AAUUUCUCCCGCCAUCAGUUCUACCUGGGAAAAGAAAAGUGUCAUCAUGUCUAAUAUUACCAUUGAUCCGGAUGUCAAACCUGGUGAAUAUGUCAUCAAGAGCCUUUUUACUGAGUUUGCUAUUCAAGCUGAAAAGAAAAUUGAAGUUGUAAUGGCUGAACCUUUGGAAAAACUCUUGUCUAGAUCUCUUCAGAGAGGUGAAGAUCUUCAGUUUGAUCAGUUGAUAAGCUCUAUGAGCUCAGUAGCAGAGCACUGUCUCCCCUCCUUAUUACGCACCUUGUUUGACUGGUACAAACGCCAAAAUGGAACUGAAGACGAAUCCUAUGAAUACAGGCCUCGGUCCAGCACAAAGUCUAAGGGAGAUGAGCAGCAGCGCGAGAGAGAUUACCUACUUGAACGAAGGGACUUAGCCGUAGAUUUUAUUUUUUGCUUAGUUUUAGUAGAAGUUCUAAAACAGAUACCUGUUCAUCCAGUGCCUGAUCCUUUAGUUCACGAAGUUCUAAAUUUGGCUUUCAAGCACUUUAAACACAAGGAAGGGUAUUCAGGGACCAACACUGGAAAUGUCCAUAUCAUUGCAGAUUUAUAUGCAGAAGUGAUAGGGGUUCUUGCCCAAUCAAAGUUUCAAGCUGUUAGAAAAAAAUUUGUUACAGAAUUAAAGGAACUGAGGCAAAAAGAACAGAGUCCUCAUGUGGUACAAAGUAUCAUCAGCUUAAUUAUGGGGAUGAAGUUUUUCAGAGUAAAAAUGUAUCCUGUGGAAGAUUUUGAAGCAUCAUUUCAGUUCAUGCAGGAAUGUGCACAGUAUUUUUUGGAGGUAAAAGAUAAAGACGUAAAGCAUUCGCUUGCUGGUUUGUUUGUUGAAAUUCUCAUCCCUGUUGCUGCUGCUGUUAAAAAUGAAGUGAAUGUGCCAUGUCUGAAAAAUUUUGUGGAGAUGCUCUAUCAGACAACUUUUGAGCUGAGCUCAAGAAAGAAGCAUUCAUUGGCUUUGUAUCCAUUGAUCACCUGUUUGUUGUGUGUCAGUCAGAAGCAGUUUUUUUUAAAUAACUGGCAUAUCUUCCUACAGAACUGUCUGUCUCAUUUGAAGAAUAAAGACCCGAAAAUGUCUCGAGUUGCACUGGAAUCGCUAUAUAGAUUAUUAUGGGUUUACGUUAUUAGGAUAAAAUGUGAAAGCAACACUGUAACGCAGAGCCGUCUGAUGGGCAUAGUAUCCGCACUUUUUCCAAAAGGCUCUCGCAGUGUGGUUCCUCGAGACACACCUCUAAACAUAUUUGUAAAAAUUAUUCAGUUCAUUGCUCAGGAACGUUUGGAUUUUGCAAUGAAAGAAAUAAUUUUUGAUCUUCUCAGUGUGGGAAAGUCCCCGAAAACCUUCACUAUUAAUCCAGAGAGAAUGAAUAUAGGUCUCAGAGUCUUUCUUGUGAUAGCAGACAGUUUACAACAGAAGGAUGGAGAGCCACCUAUGCCAACUACAGGCGUUAUACUUCCAUCAGGAAACACUCUGCGCGUAAAGAAAGUUUUUCUUAAUAAAACUCUGACUGAUGAGGAAGCAAAAGUUAUAGGAAUGUCAAUAUAUUAUCCUCAAGUAAGAAGAGCACUAGAUAGCAUACUUAGGCAUCUAGACAAAGAAGUUGGGAGGCCAAUGUGUAUGACAAGUGUGCAGAUGACCAAUAAAGAGCCUGAAGAUAUGAUCACGGGUGAGAGAAAACCAAAAAUUGAUUUGUUUAGAACUUGUAUCGCUGCUAUCCCAAGACUGAUCCCAGAUGGAAUGAGCAGGAAUGACCUUAUUGAACUGCUUGCAAGGCUGACCAUUCACAUGGAUGAAGAACUGCGUGCCCUGGCUUUCAAUACUUUGCAAGCAUUAAUGCUGGAUUUUCCAGAUUGGCGGGAAGAUGUUUUGUCAGGAUUUGUUUAUUUUAUUGUUCGUGAAGUCACUGAUUUGCAUCCCACUCUCCUGGACAAUGCAGUUAAGAUGUUGGUACAGCUAAUUAGUCAGUGGAAACAAGCAGUCCAGAUACAAAACAAGAACCAGGAAACUCAGCGUGGCAUAGCCAAUGGAAGUGCUCCUACCCUUUCCCUGGAAAGGACCCCUUAUUCUAGUGUGUUCCAUGUGGUUGAAGGCUUUGCGUUGGUUAUCCUCUGUAGCACAAGAUCUGCCACUAGGAGACUAGCUGUCAGUUGUCUUAAGGAAAUAAGAGCUCUCUUCACUGUUUUAGACAUGACUAAGGGUGAUGAUGAGUUGGCCAUAGAUGUAAUGGACAGAUUGAGUUCAUCAAUCCUUGAAAGUUUCAUACAUCUCACAGGUGCUGACCAGACUAUGUUAUUGUACUGUCCCAGUUCAAUAGAUUUACAAACAUUAAUUGACUGGAGCUCUUCUCCUAUCAGCCACCAAUUUGAUGUCGUCAGUCCAUCACAUAUAUGGAUAUUUGCACAUGUGUCUCAGGGCCAGGACCCCUGGAUUAUUAGCCUUUCCAGUUUGAUGAAACAGGAAAAUCUGCCAAAGCACUGUCCCACCGCAGUGAGCUACGCUUGGAUGUUUGCUUAUACCAGGCUCCAGCUGUUGUCUCCCCAAGUUGACAUAAACAGCCCUGUCAAUGCCAAGAAAGUAAAUACUGCCAUCAGCAGUGAUUCCUACAUUGGGCUCUGGAGAAACUAUCUGAUUCUUUGUUGCAGUGCCGCAAUGUCUACACCAUCUUCUGCAUCCACAGGUUCCGUCAGGUGUUCCCCGCCUGAGACGCUGGCGUCUACUCCAGAUAGUGGCUAUGGCAUUGAUUCAAAAAUAAUUGGUGUACCAUCCCCUUCAUCCUUGUUUAAGCACAUUGUUCCAAUGAUGCGCUCUGAGAGCAUGGAAAUUACAGAAUCCCUUGUGCUGGGCCUUGGCAGAACUAGCCCAGGAGCUUUUAGGGAAUUAAUAGAGGAGUUGCAUCCUAUAAUUAAAGAAGCACUUGAAAGACGGCCAGAGAAUAUGAAACGACGUAGGCGGCGAGAUAUAUUACGUGUGCAACUUGUAAGAAUAUUUGAACUGUUGGCAGAUGCUGGUGUCAUUAGUCACAGUGCAAGUGGCGGCCUCGAUAAUGAAACACAUUCCCUAAACAAUACUUUACUGGAAUACGUGGAUCUUACCAGACAACUGCUGGAAGCAGAAAAUGAAAAGGACUCUGACACACUGAAAGAUAUCCGUUGCCAUUUUAGUGCCUUAGUGGCAAAUAUUAUUCAGAACGUUCCAGUGCAUCAGAGAAGGAGCGUUUUUCCACAGCAGAGCCUCCGUCACAGUCUGUUUAUGUUGUUUAGUCACUGGGCGGGACCUUUCAGCAUCAUGUUUACGCCUUUGGACAGAUACAGUGAUAGAAACAUGCAGAUAAAUAGGCAUCAGUACUGUGCAUUAAAGGCAAUGUCUGCAGUGCUUUGUUGCGGUCCAGUUGCGGAUAAUGUAGGACUUUCACCGGAUGGCUAUCUAUACAAAUGGCUAGAUAAUAUUUUGGAUUCUCAGGAUAAGAAGGUGCAUCAGCUUGGCUGUGAAGCAGUUAUGUUGCUGUUGGAGCUCAACCCUGACCAGAGUAACCUCAUGUAUUGGGCUGUAGACCGUUGUUAUACAGGCUCUAAGCGUGUAGCAGCCGGAUGUUUUAAAGCCAUAGCCAGCGUAUUCCAAAACAGGGAUUACCAGUGUGAUACGGUUACUCUUCUCAAUCUUAUAUUAUUUAAAGCAGCUGAUUCUUCCAGAGCUAUCUAUGAAGUCGCUAUGCAGCUCUUGCAAAUCCUAGAGCCCAAGAUGUUUCGCUACGCUCAUAAACUGGAGGUUCAGAGAACUGAUGGAAUAUUGAGUCAGCCUUCACCCUUGCCACAUUUGUAUUCUGCGUCCUAUUAUCAGCUCUCAGAAGAAUUAGCAAGAACAUAUCCAGAAUUAACCCUUGCAAUAUUUUCAGAGGUAAGCCAGAGAAUUCAAACGGCACAUCCUUCUGGAAGGCAGGUGAUGCUCCACUAUUUGCUGCCAUGGAUGAACAAUAUUGAAUUAAUGGAUGUGAAACCUUUACCCACGAUCCGACGGCAAGAUGAGGAUGAAGAGGAUCUCCUAAAAGACAGAGAAUUGAUGGUGAACAGCAGGCGCUGGUUGAGAGGCGAAGGUUGGGGGUCGCCCCAGGCAACUGCUUUGGUUUUAAACAACCUAAUGUAUAUGACAGCAAAGUACGGCGAUGAAGUGGCUUGGUCAGAGAUUGAAAAUGUCUGGAUUACUCUAGCGGACAGUUGGCCGAAGAAUCUGAAAAUAAUUCUUCAUUUUUUAAUCAGCAUUUGCGGAGUAAAUAGUGAACCCAGCCUUUUGCCUUACGUGAAGAAGGUAAUUGUUUACUUGGGUCGAGAUAAAACUAUGCAGCUUUUGGAAGAGCUGGUAAGCGAAUUGCAGCUGACUGAUCCCGUUAGUUCUGGAGUGACCCAUAUGGACAAUCCACCAUAUUACCGUAUCACUUCUAGUUACAAAAUCCCUUCUGUUACUUCAGGAACUACUUCCAGUAGCAAUACAAUGGUGGCACCCACAGAUGGUAAUCACAACAAUAAGCUUACAAAAGAUACUAUUGAUGAAAGUUACAUCCACCUGGACAUCUAUAGUGGAUUGAACAGUAAUCUGAACCGCCAGCAUCAUAGGCUAGAAUCUCGAUACAGCAGCAGUUCAGGAGGCUCAUACGAAGAGGAAAAAAGCGAUUCGAUGCCGCUGUAUUCAAGCUGGAGACUGAAAGUGAUGGAACACAACGAAGGAGAGCCGUUACCUUUCCCACCUUCAGGGGGUUGUUGGUCACCCUUGGUGGAUUAUUUGCCUGAAACAUCAUCUCCAGGCAUGUCUCUCCACAGGUGUAACAUAGCAGUGAUUCUGUUGACCGACCUAAUAAUUGACCAUAGCGUAAAGGUAGAUUGGGGAAAUUACUUGCAUCUCUUGCUUCAUGCCAUUUUUAUAGGUCUUGAUCAUCACCAUCCGGAAGUAUAUGAACACUGUAAACGCCUCCUGUUGCAUUUACUGAUAGUGAUGGGCUCUCACAGUAGUGUCCAGUCUGUGGCUUCUAUCCUUCUCAGGAACAAGGAGUUUAAUGAACCCCGGGUGCUCACGAUCAAACAAAUAGCACAUUUGGAUUGCAUCUUCACAGCAGGUGUUAAUGAUUUUAUACCAGACCACCAGCCCUCUCCAAUGACAGACUCAGGACUCAGUUCAAGCUCUACCUCUUCUAGCAUCAGUUUAGGAAAUACCAGCGCUGCCAUUUCCCAGAUGCAAAGCACCAUUCUCAAUGAAGUCAACCUUUCAGGAGAACAAGAUGAAAAAAUGAAGUCACUUAUGGAGUUUAUUACUUCAAGAAAACGAGGACCACUUUGGAAUCAUGAAGAUGUUUCAGCCAAGAAUCCAAGCAUAAAGAGUGCCGAGCUGUUAACCGUAUUUCUCAAGCAUGUUGUUUCUGUAUUUAAACAGUCAAGCUUAGUUGGAUUUCAGCUUGAGCAGCAUCUUAGCGAAGUUGCUCUGCAGACUGCCCUAUCUUGCUCUUCUCGACACUAUGCUGGAAGAUCUUUCCAGAUUUUCAGAGCACUGAAACAGCCUCUUUCCGCAGACACACUUUCUGAUAUUCUCUCCAGGCUUGUAGAAACUGUCGGAGAUGCAGGAGAAGAAGCUCAGGGUUUUGUCAUAGAACUGCUUCUGACAUUGGAGUCAGCUGUUGAUACAUUGGCAGACACCAUGAAGCAUUAUGAUCUUCUCACGGCACUUUCCCAUGCUUCCUAUUACGACCCGUUACUGGGGAACAAAUAUGCAGCAAACAGGAAAAGCACCGGUCAGAUAAACCUAGGCACAAGCCGUGUUAACAGUGGCAACUUUGUCGGCUGUUACAGCCACCCGAAAAGCAAUUCUUUGCGACUGAGUUUGAUAGGCGAAAGGAAGAGCGACCGACGGAGGAGCAACACGCUGGAUAUCAUGGAUGGAAGGAUAAAUCACUCCAACAGCUUGGCAAGGACUAGAAGCCUUUCCUCCCUGAAAGAGGGAGGCAUGCACGACGUGCAGCCUACUACUGAUCCUGUCAAUCUGAUGGCCACCAUAUUCUGGAUUGCAGCCUCUUUGCUGGAAUCCGAUUAUGAAUACGAAUACCUCUUGGCUCUCAGGCUCCUCAAUAAACUCCUCGUUCAUUUGCCCCUGGAUAAACCCGAAAGCAGGGGAAAGAUUGAACAGAUGCAGAGCAAAUUAAAAUGGAACAACUUCCCAGGCCUCCAGCAGUUAUUCCUGAAGGGGUUUACCUCUGUGUCGACGCAGGAAAUGACAGUUCACUUACUUAGCAAACUCAUUACAGUGUCCAAGCAUACGUUGGUGGAUCCAUCCCAAGUAGCAGGAUUUCCUCUAAACAUAUUAUGUUUAUUGCCUCAUUUAAUUCAACAUUUUGAUAGUCCAAGUCAGUUCUGCAAAGAAACAGCUGACAGAAUAGCAAAGGUUUGUGCAGAAGAGAAGUCCCCAACUCUUGCUAAUUUGGCUCACAUGAUGUGUUUAUACAGUACGCACAGUUACUCCAGAGACUGCUCUAAUUGGAUUAACGUAGUGUGCAGAUAUUUGCAUGAUUCAUUCUCGGAAACAACUUUUAAUCUGAUAACAUACCUUGCAGAGCUCUUAGAAAAGGGGAUCUCCAGCAUGCAGCAGUCUUUGCUGCAAAUCAUUUAUAGCCUUUUGAGCCACAUUGACCUGUCCAGAGCACCAGUGAAGCAAUUCAAUUUGGAGAUCAUCAAGAUCAUUGGCAAAUAUGUUCAGAGUCCCUACUGGAAGGAAGCGCUUAAUAUUUUGAAAUUGGUGGUAUCCCGUUCAGCCAGUCUGGUUGUACCAAAUGAUAUUCCAAAAUCUUACGGCGGUGACAUAAGCUCUCCCGAAAUUUCGUUUACCAAAAUUUUUAACAACGUCUCCAAAGAACUGCCUGGGAAGACCUUAGAUUUUCAUUUUGACAUAUCAGAGACACCAAUUAUUGGGAACAAAUACGGCGAUCAGCACAGCGCAACGGGUAGGAAUGGCAAAGCUAAAGUCAUUGCUGUUACAAGAAGUACAUCUUCCACUUCCUCCGGAUCAAAUUCUAACGCUUUGGUUCCUGUGAGCUGGAAGAGGCCACAGUUAUCUCAGCGACGGACAAGGGAGAAACUAAUGAACGUAUUAUCUCUUUGUGGUCCAGAAUCAGGAAUUCCCAAGAACCCUUCUGUUAUCUUUUCUUCUAAUGAAGACUUAGAAGUUGGGGACCAGCAAACGAGUCUAAUCUCGGCCACAGAGGAAGUAAUUCAAGAAGAAGAAGUGGUUGUAGAAGAUAACACAAGUGAACAACAGUUUGGAGUUUUUAAGGAUUUUGACUUUUUAGAUGUUGAGUUGGAAGAUGCAGAGGGCGAGAGCAUGGACAACUUCAACUGGGGAGUCCGUAGGCGUUCACUGGACAGUAUUGAGAAAGGGGACACGCCCUCUCUCCAAGAGUAUCAGUAUUCAGGCAGCACUCCCAGCUUGAACCUGGCCAAUCAAGAAGACACGGAUGAAUCCUCAGAAGAAGAAGGCCUGAGCGCCAGUCAGAUACUGUCACGCUCCCAAAUGCUAAACAGCGAUUCGGCUGCCGACGAUGCCACACCAGAUCACAUCAACUUGUUGCUGCAAUCUCAAGAUUCCACUAGCAGUGUUGGAAUGGAAGAGGUGCUUCAAAUCAGAGCUGAGACUCCAAGUUUGGAGGUUGCCUCUCUAGAUAAUGCUAACAACACGCUGCCUGAGGAUGGCUGUUCAUCAGUGAAAGAUGAACAGAGUACAGCUAGUGAGGAUACUGGAUCAGUUGCUUUGCAAGAACAGUUUGAGUCCUUAGUCUGCCAAGAUCCUUUAGAACUGGAAGAAGCUUCUGAGAUUCAAGAGCAUCCGACUACGGAGAGUUACACUGAAUCAAUUUUUGAAGAGGAUGUAACUCUUGCACUGAAGGAGCUGGAUGAAAGAUGUGAAGAAGAAGAAGCUGAUUUUUCUGGUUUAUCCAGGACAAUGAUUCAGAGGAGAUUUGGAGCCAUAACACAUGAAUCGGUCAGUUUCCUGGGUGAGAAUCUGCAGCGAAUUGGAACAAAAUUUAAAAGUUCAUUGGAAGUUAUGACGACGUGUUCAGAAUGCCCCACUGUUUUUGUGGAUGCCGAAACGUUAAUGUCCUGUGGUUUACUAGAAACAUUGAAAUUCAGUGUUCUGGAGCUUCAAGAACAUUUGGACACUUACAAUGCUAAAAGAGAGGCAGCCGAACAGUGGCUCAAAGACUGCAAAAGGACGUUUGGCACAGAUGAUGGUAUUCACGGAGCUACUACGGAUGCUCAGCAUUUGGAAAUUCUAGCAGAACUAGAGCUGUGUCGGAGGCUAUAUAAGCUGCAUUUCCAGCUGCUGCUUUUAUUUCAAGCCUAUUGUAAACUUAUCAGCCAAGUGAAUGUAGUGAAAAAAGAGGCAGAGGUAAUAAACAUGUCGGAAGAGCUUGCUCAGCUGGAAGCCUUCCUGAAAAUAGCUGCCGAGUCUGUUUCUUAUAGCAGUACUGAAGAAAUUCAUAUCCCAGAAGCUUCCCAGGCCAGCACAGAGACAGCCAUUCAUUCGCUCAUUGAAACCUUACGGAAUAAGGAUUUUUUCUCUGCUAUAGCACAGGUCAAAGCGUUCAGGUGCAUUUGGCCCAACGACAUAUUUGGCGAUUCCGAAGAAGAUCCGAUCCAAACCCUCUUGCACAUAUUUUUCCGUCACCAGAGCCUUGGCCAGACUGGCAGUUUUGCAAUAGUUGGCUCCAAACAAGAUAUGUCAGAAGCCAGCUCAAAACUCAUGGAACUGAAUUUAGAGAUUCGAGAAUCCCUGCACGUGGUGCAGUCGUACCAGCUUCUCGCAAAACACACGGCUGUGAGAAAUCUGAGUACAGGAUUUUGAACCACCGUUCCUCAGAAAAACACUGAAAGGGGGUGGGGU